AUGCAGGCCACGAGACUGCUCUCCCAACAGGCGGCGGCACCCCUGGUGCGUCGGGUUAUACCCAACGCCAGACGCGGCCAUGCUCCGUUGAGACACCUCAAACUCCUCAAUCCCGAGAGCGCCGUGCCGACACCGAAGCCUCGUUUGCGAGCCGGCCGCGAUCUCUUGCAGAGAAUCGGCAAGUGCCUCGCCUUCGGUUGCAACCCGCAGCAGACUGCCGACGCCGCCGCCGUCGUCCGCACUGUCGUGAACGACUGGGCCCGUAUCGAGAUGACCCUUAGCAAGUGCGGCACGCAGGAGGACCUCGUGUACAAGCAGACGCUGCUACGGCCGGGCGACGAGGCGAGCCUCGCCACGCCCGAGCCGACCUGGAAGGUCUUUGGCCAGCGUCAACAGCUGUCGCAAGUAGCUUGCCAGGCCACUAUGCACCUCCUGAACCACGCCAUCGCCACGGCAGCCCCCGACCGCAAGUGGAUAUGGCACGCGCUCCGAGCCGGAGACAUAACCGGUUCUCCCGGGAGGCUGGCUGUCGACGCUACCCGUCUCCGCUUCCAACCUGUCCGCCUCCCUCUUGACAUCAUCACCGGCAGCGGAGAAGAACUAGGAAGCCACAGCGCUUAUGCUCGGCUCUUGACCUACAGCCUCUUCAGCGAUCGCGCCUGUCUAACUUUCAAGGUUUACAUACGGUCAAACAUACGCAUGGCCGUGAUAGCAGAUGGCUUUGUCCAAAUGUCGACCUCUUUCAACCAAGCAACGCCUGAUGCAAUAUCGAGUCUCAAGCAGGAACUGGGUCGGAUGACGGCGUUUCAACACGAUCGAGACACCCAAAACCGGGCGAGAAUACAACAUGCCGAACUCUUGAAUGCCAUUGAGAAACUGGAAAACGAGACUUGGAACAGGGAUGACGCCGUAGAGGAUUUCGGUUCCGCCUCUCCCGCCUCUCCCGCCUAA